AGGCCCAGGCCCUGGCUGUCCGGAUAAGUUCACGUGUAACAGCUACUGUGGGGCCAUCAGUCAAGGUUUGGAGGCCACGUUGGCCCUUGGUGAAAGUGCUCGUGGAUCCCGCGAUAGAUUGCAGUCCAACAGAGAAUGGUGCCAUAAGCAGAACGAGGCCCUAGGGAGGCCCUGCUAUCUGCGUCCACCUCAGGCCACUGGCAUGCCUUGUUGUGUCUCUAGAUCUCCCGCUAUGUCUCAGGAUCGAGUGAUCAGCUGGAACGAAGUGGAAGAUGGUGGAGGCGGCAUAAUAUCGUACAGCGAGCAAGAGACCGAGCAGAAUGCGGCUCCACCCAACACGCCUGCCGCCCCACAAAUUAUCCCUGGGAUGAUGACUUCAAAGGUAAAGUGCGGCCAUAAGACCAGUACACAGAGGAAAACUCUUGGAGCGCCAUUUACCCCUCUGGGGUCUGUACCCUUUCACAAUGCCAGCAGCAUUCCCCCGAAUGACACGCCAACUCGAUUUUCAGGCAACAGCAGCUUCCUGGGUCCAGGUCUGGACAGUGACUUUGGGAUCAGCGCAGGUAUCUCUCUGCACAUCCUAUCCUCGGACAGUGACUCCAGCUCCCAGUCCUGGGCCUCUGGGAUGGAAUGGGAUUACUAUGACCCCUGUUAUAUGCGCAAGAACCGGCUCCGCAGGGAGAACAGACACAACCACCACCUCCCAGUCAUCUGCAGCAAGCAAUACUGGGUAUAAGUGACUGUGCCCAAACCUGAGGACCACGCAGAUCUGCAUUCAUCACCUGCACCCCCUCCACCCUAAUACUGUGCCUUUUUUAUUCUUGGCCCAUGAUUUUGUUACUUAUGUUACCCUCACUCAUUAGACUCCAUUCCACAUCACACCAAAGAGUCGCCAGUGCCCCCACACAGCAAACCCCCCACUUGUGAGUACACAGCAUACUGACCUGCACCCCACAAAUUUGCCUACGCGUUACUACUAACCGUUGCCCCUAUAGUCACCUAUUCCCACCAGCACCAUUUCUUGUUAUGUCUCUUUUUGCACCCCCAUAUUCACUAGGGCCCACCCUGUUUAUCACCUACACCCCAACACCUCCACUACUUAUUAGCACUCUUGUAUUAUUUAGAGGGAACACUAACCUGCACCCCCAUUUUACUCCCCAGUUCUCGUCUGAAUCGAGUAGUCUGCACUUCCAUAUUCUUCCAGCACCUCCUCCUAAUAUUACCUAUACACAAAAUUCCUACCUGUACCCCCGUAUUCUAUGUCUAGUCUAUAGGACCCAGCCCCUUUGUAAUGCAUGUUCACCAUACGCUUGUACCCCAAUAUUCUGCCACCACCUAUAUCUCACCCUUAGCCCAUCUAGCCACAAAUCUUCUCUCCUAGUUCACAGCGCCACCUUCAGGUUAACCACAGCAUAUAUAAAAAAAAUUUCUUCCUGCACCAGUUCCCAGUAUCCAGCACCCUGCAGCUUCCUCCCCCCCUCCUCUCAGUCUUCGGAGUCCUUCUCUUAUGUUCAGUCAUUUUAUAUGUAGAUUUUUACCAUUUAUUAGGAAAAAUCUUUAUUUUGUGAUCAGAAUAUUUUAUUAAUUUUUUUAAUUUUUUUUAUUUGUGGCACAGAGAUGAGUGGCAGCGGUAACCCUAUGAAAGUUGUCAGGGAGACUUUGGAGGCUAAAGCAGAAAAAAAUAAUAAUAUGUUAAAGCUUAAAAAAAUGUCCCCAGAAGUGGACUACCCUGGCAUCGCUGCCCUCUGCGCCUGUUUAUAUGUUGUUAUUGUAUGUGUUGUAUUAUCUGUCCGUUCACAUGUAAACCUCAGCACAGGAUCCGGCAGAGGAAACUUGGUGCCAUCAGGGACCUCUAAAGCAACAGGACAGGGUAGUCACGGUCUCUAUAGUCGGAAAUAUUUACCUAUUAGAAUGCUGCAUAAUGUGAGAUUGUCACUGGAAACUAUCAGCAAGCUUGCUGUCAACCCCGAAACCGAGCUUCUAUAAUGCAAGGGGCAGUUAGUGUUCUCUACGUUAUUUUAUUGUACAGUGAUUGGUUUAAAGAUUGCAAGUGCUGUGCAGACGCUGAACAAGUAAGAAAUACUGGGAGAUUUCAGCUCUGAAGCCUGUGGAUUGUGAAUGCAGCUUCGGAGUAUAAUAGAGACUUCUAUAUGUAAACAUGCUCAGUGGUGAAUAUCUGCCCUAAUGGAAGAAUACUGUGUUGCUCAUUGGGGGUUCCUACAAAAUGCAAGUUCAUCCCCCGAGUGUGUGUGACCCGGUCCAACGAUGGAAUUGUGUGUCGGUCCCUCUGAGGCCAGGCUCACAUCCCAGUUGCAGAACUUUCUUCAUGCACCUGGUGACUACUCUUAUCAUUAUCUUCCCAGCAUCCCCCGCUAUCCUGUCACUUUCAAUGUAUG